AUGACAGCGGGAACAGUUGUGAUCACUGGCGGAAUCCUAGCUACAGUCAUCCUCCUCUGUAUCAUCGCUGUCCUGUGCUACUGUAGACUCCAGUAUUACUGCUGCAAGAAGAGCAGAGCCGAGGAUGCAGACGAGGAGGAGGAGGAGGAGCACGGGCUGCCCACACCCCCCGGAGGGCCCCCCUGCAAUGCCUGCAGCUCCCAAGCCCGGGACGGCAGAGGCGGCCUGGCACCUCUCACCAGCGAGCCCUGCGGCCAGCCGUGCGGGGUGGCAGCCCGCCCCUGCACCGCCUGCUCCCCAUACAGCUCCCCCUUCUACAUACGGACGGCCGACAUGGUGCCCAACGGGGGCGGAGGCGAGAGGCUGUCCUUCGCUCCCUCGCACUACAAGGAGGGGGGACCCCUGUCCCUGCAGUUGGCAGCACCGCAGGGUUACCCGGUGACGUGGCCUGGCUCUGGGCGUGAGGCCUUCACCAAUCCAAGGGCUAUUAGUACAGACGUGUGA